CCCUCUACACGAUGUGUAUCUUUGGUAUGCACUUCGGGUCUUCGGCCCAGUUUACUUAGCCACAAUUCAUAUUGUUUCACCUGUGCACCAAAAUUUUUACAAGCGGCCUAGUUCGUUUAGCUGUGGCUCAUAGACUCAUAGUUUUCCAUUUGUGCCCCACAAGUACAAAACGAAUUCAUAAUUUCAUGCCCAAGACAAAAGCAAAGGCAAAAAUUAAAUAAAACUCAAUGACUAAGAAGAACCCAGAGUUGAUGUUGACACUAUUUGUGAUGUGUGAAUCAGUAGCAGCCACAGAAAAUUAUGUGGUAGGAAUUCUUUUUCCAUAUAUUUCCUCCCUAAGUGACCAUUUAUGAAUCAUUAAUUCAUGAAAAAAAUUGCUGAUUUUAUUAGAAAACUGCAGUCCAACGAAUAAAUAAAAAUGAUGGAAUUGAUACUUUAGAUAGCUCUGCAAUAUGGAAAUAAGAGGACCAAUUCUUGAGAAAAUUCUAUGGCUUUGAACUUCACAACUACCUCUGCUAAUAAGGCUUUGUUUGGUUGUGUCCCUAAAACUUACUCAAACUUCCCUAAAAAUAAGGAUCUUUUUAAGCUCUGCCCUUUAUCAGGAGUACAGUUAAGGUCUGCAGCUGCUCAGUCUGAAGGAAGUCAAGGAAGAGUUACAACAGAAGAGGAGAUUGAGGAUUCUGCUUAUGAGGAUGCUGGGCAAUUCACUUCUGCACGGGCGCAGCUGGGUCUAUUGGAUCAACUAACUUCAUCAGCAGCUUCUGGUUAUGAAAGUGACCCUGGUUCAUCAGGAAAUGUAACCAUACGAGAGCAGCUUGCGCAACUGGUGGGUGGCAGAGAUGAUGAUUUCAUCAUUGCACUUGGUAAGAAGAAUUUGAAGAAAGUGAGCCCCAAGUUCUUGACCAUAUCUCAGAAGCGCAACAUCAGAAGACAAGACUACCUGAAUGAAGUGUCCAAAAGGAAUGAUUCAGUUUUUUUUGCUAGCAUUGGCGCGUUUGUGAUCCUUCCCCCUGUAGUUAUACUAGGUAUUGCUAUUUUAACUGGCUAUGUACAACUCCUUCCUUGACACUAUACUGUAAAGAUUCAUAAAGUACAGUACUUUAGCUCAUAGCUCCAUUUUGAGCCAUUUUUUUUUUACUCUACACCUAUAAGAUUAUAACCAA